AUGAGUCUGAUACGCGAUGCGCCCCUUGGGCAGCUGCUGCGAUGGGUGACGGGAAAUCGAGUUUUACUUUAUCCAGAGGAAGAUCCGAGCUUUGCCUUGGAGAGAGAAACCAGAGAAGGAACUCCCACCGAAAAAUCAAACUCGCAACUCAACUCCCCAUGUCCGUCUUCUGAAGGGCUUCAUAAUUCCUUCGCUCGGAAAGGGGAAGAAUCAAAGCAUGUGGUUGGCUGGUAUGGGGACAACGACUCAUCUUACCCAAGAAAUUGGUCCACAUGGAAGAAAAGACUUGUCGCAUUGCAAAUAUGGUAUGAGUUCAAAUACACCUUUCCAUUCCGAAUCAAGAAAUCUCCGAGCUCAGCUAUUUGUUCCAGCCUCUAUACAUUUGUCGUGUACUGCGGUUCAUCAAUUUACGUUCCAGCUGAACCUCAAAUAAUGGAGCAGUUCCACGUGAGUCAAACCAAGGCCUCGUUGGGACUGGCCUUAUAUGUUCUGGGCUAUGGAAUCGGUCCACUCCUCUUUUCGCCAUUGAGUGAAAUUCCAGCACUGGGGCGCAAUGUCCCUUAUCUGAGUUCUUUUGUCGUAUUUGUGAUCAUAUCUGUACCCACCGCUUUAGUGGAAAAUUACCCCGGUCUUAUGAUUUUGAGGUUUCUCCAAGGCUUCUUUGGCAGCCCAUGUUUGGCCAGCGGCGGCGCUUCAAUGGCAGAUAUGUAUGCUGACAUUGAUAUACCGAUGGGUUUGACUGGUUGGGUGGCUGCGGCCUACGGUGGCCCAGCACUUGGUCCUCUUCUGUCCGCUUAUUCAGUUCCAGUAAAAGGAUGGCGAUGGGCCAUGUGGGAAAUCCUUUGGAUGAGUGGGCCUGUCCUUAUCAUUAUGCUAGUCUUUCUUCCAGAGACAUCUGCCGAUACCAUUUUAUUACGUCGUGCCCAGCGAAUUCGAAGGGCAACCAAUAAUCCAAACAUCCGAUCUCACGGCGAAAUUUCCCAGGAACACUCGACCUUUUGGGGACUGAUGGGUUUCUCACUUGUUAAGCCUAUGGAGAUCAUGUUCAAAGACCCUGCCAUACUUUUCACCAACAUCUAUACUUCACUGGUGUAUGGAAUAUAUUACUCAUUUUUUGAGUCUUUUCCACUGGUUUAUCCAGUGAUUUAUGGCUUCAGUCCUGGCCAGUCCGGUUUAGUUUUUGUUUCUCUGGCUGUUGCAUGUGGAAUUGGAAUCGUGGCUUACAUUACCUACCUGUACACAUACAUGAUACCGGAUCUCAAGAAACACGGUCAUCGGAGCCAAGAACACCGCUUGAUACCAGCUGUGAUCGCGUCUCUUUUCCCUCCGGUUGGACUCUCUCUCUUCGCAUGGACUUCUAGAGAAUCGAUUCAUUGGAUCGUGGGCAUUAUUGGGAUUUUAUUAUAUGCAGCUGCGGUGUUCAUCAUCUUCCAGUGCAUAUUUGUCUACAUUCCUCUCGUGUACCCACGUUACGCUGCUUCUCUUUUCGCCGGGAAUGACUUCUCACGCUCUGCCUUUGCCUUUGCCUUCAUAUUAUUCUCCAGGUUUAUUUUCGUCGAUUUGGGGAUUGGAAAGGGCGUUACAGUGCUCGCCGGCUUGAGUGUCCUUGGGAUUCUCGGAAUGGUCGUACUCUACUUCUACGGUGGUAAGCUACGUGCUCGAUCGAAGUUCACGGAGACCAAGGAUGUUUAA